AUGGCUCAAAACAAAAUUGAAAAAAUAUCAAAAGAUGUAGCAGAACGAUUGACAACUGCGCAGAAUUUACGGAAGAAUUUACAGGUUGUUGUUAGUUUGUCUAGCGCCCUUCGACAACUCAUCGACAAUUCGAUUGAUGCCGGAUCGACAAUAAUUGAUAUUCGCGUUAAAAACAAUGGAUAUGAUAGUAUAGAAGUACAAGAUAAUGGUUCUGGAAUCGAAACUCAAAACUUCGAUGCUCUUUGUAAACCGCAUUCGACAUCCAAACUCACUCAAUUUUCCGAUUUCGAUAAACUUGUAACGUUGGGAUUCAGAGGAGAAGCACUCAAUGCAUUGUGUACUGUCAGUUCCGUUUCCAUUUUCACUCGUGCAGCUGACUCGGAAAUAGGUACACGCCUCAUUUACGAUCAUUCCGGUAACAUCACCGAACGACAACCGGCUGCUCGUGAACUUGGGACUACGAUUAUCGUCAACAACCUGUUCGAAACUCUCCCCGUCCGUAGAAAAGAACUCGAACGAAGUCAAAAGCGAGAAUUCGUGAAGUUGCUCGCCACUGUCCAAUCCUUUGCUCUUCUCUGUCCACAUAUUAAAAUACUCUGCACCAAUAAUAUUGCGGGAAAGAAAACGAAUAUCAUUUGUACUCCAGGAGGAACCUCAACUAUUCAAGACGUUGUAACAAAUUUAUUUGGCAUGAGAAGAAUUGGAAAUUCGAAAAACGGAUCUGCUCUCGUUCCAAUUUUACAAGACCAACCGGACGGCGAAAUUAUGGCGAUGCAUUCGUUACAAAUGGAGGAAACACAAUUUUUCGAUCUCUUCAAAAUUCGUGGAUUUGUGAGCAGUUGUGAACAUGGAUGUGGUCGAGGAACAUCGGAUCGACAGUUCGUUUAUAUUAAUAACAGGCCUGUCGAGUAUAUGAGAGUGAGUUUAAACGUUUUAGAAGUGUGCAGUGUCACCAACGAUGUUUACAAACAGUUUAAUAAGAACCAGUACCCGAUUAUCGUUCUUUUUAUCGAUGUUCCACCAGAGAAAAUCGAUGUCAACGUGACACCUGAUAAGAAGACGGUGAUGUUGGAAAAAGAAAGACAUCUUCUGGCAGUUAUCCGAGCAUCAAUGAUGAAGACUUACUUGAAAAUCGUGGGAUCUCAUUCAACAAUCAAAAGCAGUGUAGAAGAUCGUAGGAUUAUGGCUUUAGCUCAACAGAGUGCUAUAAAUACAAGUGUUGUAUAUUUUAGCAUAUGUUCUUCAAAGUCACCAAGUCCAGAUGAUAUGAACGACACUCUUCUGAAUUCCACGUUUCCGGAGGAUUCUCUCCUCAAUACUUCUGACCUUCUCAAGUCCAGAUCAGUGACUCGAUCUCCUCCUGCUAAAAAACCUUGUCCGAUGUUCCGAAGAACAGUACAAACAUCGUCGAAUCUGCCAUCGACGUCGUAUGCCAGUGCCGGUACAAGGUCGCAUCGAUUAGAAAAUUUCUCCUUCACUAUGGAACCAAAACGAGUAGAAAUUCCGAAGAAAAAAACUGAGAAAUUGGUGGAUAUGCCAUCAGAAGAUGAGAUUAGAAGUGCAAUACUGGCAGAAAAGAAAUCAGAUGCCGAUGAUGGAAUAGAAAUCAUUGAAGAGUCUCAAAAUGUUCGAUUGAAUGAUUCACAAGAUUCUCAAAAUUCCCAAUGCUCACAAUAUGUUUUGAGACCGCAACAGAAAGUGAGAAAUACGCAUUGUUCUAUCAAGUUUUCGAUGAAGCUCCUCCGUGAUGUCUAUUCCCGUCAUAUCAAUCCAGAACCAGAGGAUCCAGUUGAGAAUAGUGAUGAGAAGGAUGCUUUAGAUGAGAUUACAACUGGGUUUAAGAAGGAAGAAACCGCGGAUGCCGAACGGCAACUGUCUCGAUCACUGACGUUAGUUGAGAAGACUUAUUCAGAUUUUCCUAUAUUUAAUUUUAGAAAAGACGACUUCACGAAAAUGCAAAUAAUCGGUCAAUUCAAUCAUGGAUUUAUCAUUUGUCGCCUACGAGGACAUCUUUUCAUUGUCGAUCAACAUGCAAGCGAUGAAAAAUACAAUUUCGAGCGACUUCAGAACAGUGCGAAACUGACUAAACAGCCACUUUUCACACCAAUUGCACUUGGUUUCGGAAGUGUUCAAGAAUUGAUCAUACGCGAAAAUCUUCCAAUCUUCCAAGCGAACGGAUUCGAUUUCGAUUUUCGAGAAAAAGACGGAUGUCUGAAAACGUUUUUAACAGCGAGACCAGAACUUUUGAGUCAACAGCUCACGAAUAGCGAUCUCGAAGAGAUUUUGGCAGUUGUUUCCGAAUAUCCAAAUCAAAUGUAUCGUCCGGUUCGUAUUCGAAACAUCUUCGCAUCGAAGGCUUGCCGGAAAUCGGUAAUGAUUGGAAAACCAUUGAAUCAUCGGGAAAUGACAAGGAUCAUUCGUCAUUUGUCAAAGUUAGAUCAACCUUGGAAUUGUCCCCAUGGAAGACCGACUAUCCGUCAUCUAGUGUCACUGCCAAAUAAACCAGAAACUGAUUAG